AUGCUAGGAAAAUGCUACUUUCUCUACAAUGGCCGUGAUCCUGAAACUGGAGUUCUCUUACUCAGGCCGAUAAUGAAAGCGCUGAAUCGCCCCCUCAACACUCCACAUGGCCCGCAAGAACAGUUCGUCUCACUGUGGUAUCGGCAUGGCAAGCCGUGCAUGGGCCGAGCAUGGAACAACAAUGGCAAGAUUGAGGCUUCGUUUGUAGAUGACGGUCAUGAAUUCACUGGACAUCUUGUCGGCUCCAUGCAAAUGCUUGUCGAGCUUCCGGCCACGGCUGCUGGCUUCGAAUAUUGCUGGCUGCCUUACGAACAGGCCUCAGUCUACAUGGACAAAGAUUUUGUACCCGUUCAUCUGAAUUACGUUGCACCAUGCGUGGUUCAAGCAGAUGCCUACGAGAUACUUGGGUCGGUGAAUUUGAAAAAGGAACGCGUCGAUGUCGCCAUUGACGGUCGCGUGAUGACUCUUGAUGGACCAAAAAUACGUAAGCUGAAGGUGCUGUGCAGAAAAGAUCGUGACGACACAAUGCCUAUCUAA